AUGCGUGGUCUUCUUUGUGCUGCGCUCGUCGGGCUACUGGACAGGUGCUUGUGUUUGCAGACCCCCACAGCUUCCACAACAACGAAGGGUGUACAGUUAGUCACGGAAUCUGCCGCUAUUGAUAGUUCCUUUACCUAUACAGGGGUGACUUCAGCCCGCUAUGCAACCUCACUUCAUACACCUCUGACAUUUCCCGCCCCAUUUGCGCCAGAAUUUGCCAAAGUAUCGACUCUCCUUCCUACAAAUAUAAGUUACACUGACUACAAACUUGAACCUUCUCAAAAAGAUGGUCCAAAUGGAAAAUAUGGGCAAAGUGCAUUCGCCGAGCUAUGGGCCAAUAUCUCCUACACUUCCUCGCCACCCUUCACAACGAUUCGAAACCCUGGCACGAUGUCUGGAAAGGAAUUGAUUUUUCCCCCGGCGCUUUAUACAAGUUCAGAGAAGUCGAAUUUGAAAUUGCCUGCAACUUUUAUCUGGGGCGUCUCCGGUAGCGCUUGGCAAAUUGAGGGUGGUCUACAAGUUGAUGGUCGUGGACCGUCCAUAAUGGACACAGUCGGAGCCAUCCAGUCCAAUGAUAACCAGUCCGAUGCAAAUAUUGCAGACAUGGGCUAUUUCCUUUACAGAGAAGAUAUUGCACGCUUAGCCGCCAUCGGGAUACCGUAUUAUUCAUUCUCAAUUUCAUGGACUCGGGUUGUCCCCUUCGGGAUUGCUGGAUCACCUAUUAAUACUAAGGGCCUUGAGCACUACGACGAUGUGAUCAACACUUGCCUUGAAUACGGAAUCACUCCCCUCGUGACAUUGAACCACUUUGACUUUCCUUUGAGUCAAAUGGACGAUCUGCAAACACUGCCCGAGCAUUUUCUCUAUUACGCAAAGCAGGUUAUGACGAGGUACGCGGACCGUAUACCGUUCUGGUUCACCUUCAAUGAGCCAAAUGUUGGAGUCGAGUAUUUAUUCAAUGGAUGGAAUGAUCUCACCUCUAUUAUGGCCGCCCACGCAGAGGUGUAUCACUGGUAUAAAACGCAAUUAAAGGGAACUGGUCAAAUAAGCAUGAAAUUCGCCAAUAACCUCGCCGUCCCCCUCGACAUAUCAAAUGCAACCCACAUUCAAGCCGCGCUAAGAUACCAGGACUUCAUAUUGGGGAUCAUGGGUAAUCCAUUGUUCCUAGGACAACAAAUUCCAGCCGACGCUCUUGCCACGGCAAAUCUCAAUUUAACUGCUCUGACGAAGGGGCAAAUUUCACGCUUUCACGGAACAAUGGACUUUUGGGCCUUUGAUCCCUACGUCGCACAAUUUGCCUCGCCUGCGCCUGAAGGAAUUGCAAAUUGUGCUGCAAAUCCAUCAAGCAGCGCAUGGCCUUACUGCGUAAUAACGUCUAAUAUUCAAGCAGAUGGUUGGGCGAUGGGAGAUAUGUCAAAUGCCUACGCUGCAAUUGCCCCCCAAUACGUUCGUCAACAGCUGAGCUAUGUCUGGGAAACAUUCAAACCAUCGGGCAUUUUGAUAGCGGAGUUUGGCUUCAAUCCAAUCGCAGACCACCGGCGCCCGGUUGAUGCCCAGAGACAGGAUUUGGAAAGAACGCUCUAUUACCAAGGUUUCUUGUCGGAAAUGCUAAAGUCGAUUCAUCUGGAUGGCGUCAAUGUGAUUGGGACGCUUGCUUGGUCUUAUGUUGACAAUAAUGAGUGGGGCAGUUAUGAGAAUCAGUACGGGAUGCAGACUGUGAAUAGGACUGAUGGGAAAUUUGGAAGACGAUUCAAGCGAAGUAUCUUCGAUUAUGUGGACUUUUUUCAUCAGCACAUCGCAGGGGGGUGA